AGAGGGAGGGGUAGCGAGCGAGUUAGGUGGUCAUCACUUUAGGCAUGCCACUGGCGAAGUUAUCCAUGACGCUUCCACUACAAGCAUUAUAUAACCUAAUGGAGCCUUGUCAUGUCAUCACCAGCAGGCGCGCCUCAUCUCCUUUCUCAUCCUUCUGUGCUCAUAUGGAAGCAGCCGGUGAUAGAGAGCCGUGGGAGGCGGCCCUUGACGAUGCAACGUUGGACGUGCUGACGGAGAUCGAUGGCGCCCUUCAGAUGGAGCUGUUGGACGACAAACACGGGGAAGAGGCCGACGACGACAGGCUCGGGCCGGUGAUCCGGUCUCUCGAAGCCGAGAUCUCCGCUGCCGCCGCCGCCGGUUCGGUAGCGGGUUGCAGCAAUGGCGAUACGAUGCUGGAGUCGGGUCACCACCACGAGGACUGCGAGGACUGCAGACUGGACGACAUUCUAUCAGGUCCUGACAGCCAUGGCUGCUCGACGUCGUCGACGUACCUCGUCGAGGACCCCUUUGGCUGGGUGGAGAUGGAGGCGGCGGGCGUGGGAUCUCCAUGCAGUGACCUGGUCGAUUGGUAUGCCGACGAGUGCAUCAGCGACCAGGUCGGGGUGGUGGGUCAUGGCGAAGCAAGAUGUCACUCGACCUCGUACUACAGCGAGCAGUACACAUCCCUGUGGGAGUAAAGACUAGUUAGACUCUUACGUACAUGUAAAACCAUAUGUAUAUGUCUUACAUUACAGCAGAGUAGCAAAUAAAUCAGAAGGGGUCGUCUCCUAUUUUGCAGUC